GUUGCCCUUUGUGGAACAUGGCGAGCAGGAGACCGGAAGUCGCUUAGUUUCCACUUUUCACCAGUAAGUCUAUCUGCAAAUCUUCAGAGAACGAACCCUCAGGAUCAAAAAACAAAACCUGCUGCUGAAAUCAACGAAAGGCUAAACUCAUCCAGCGUGAAGAUGUCAUCUGGAGCUCUGUUCCCCAGUCUGGUCUCUGGAUCCCGCAGCUCAUCCAGCAAGUAUCUGGUUGAGUUCAGGGCUGGUAAAAUGACCCUGAAGGGCAGCACUGUGACCCCAGACAAGCGCAAGGGCACCGUCUACAUCCAGCAGACAGAUGAUUCACUCAUUCAUUUUUGCUGGAAGGACAGGACCUCUGGAAAUGUGGAGGAUGAUCUGAUCAUAUUCCCGGAUGACUGUGAGUUUAAACGGGUGAACCAGUGCACUACAGGACGUGUGUAUGUACUGAAGUUCAAGGCUGGCUCUAAACGGCUGUUCUUUUGGAUGCAGGAGCCCAAAACGGAUAAAGAUGAUGAAUACUGUCGCAAAGUUAACGAGUACCUAAAUAACCCACCCAUGCCCGGCGCUUUGGGCAGUGGAGGAGGUGGAGGACAUGAGCUGUCUGCUCUCGGUGGAGAAGGUGGCCUGCAAAGCCUUCUGGGUAACAUGAGCCACAAUCAACUCAUGCAGCUGAUCGGACCAACAGGACUGGGUGGACUUGGUGCUCUGGCUGGUCCAGGAUUGGCCAGUCUGUUGGGCAGUGGAGGUCCAGCCACCAGCAGCUCAACCUCCAGCUCUCGUAGCCAAUCAGCAGCAGCCACUCCGUCCUCUGGGUCUGCUGCUCGUCUUAGCUCCACCCAGGCUCCUACUACACCCGUAACCCCUGCUGCCACCUCCAGCGGCUCGCCCACUGUCACCCCCACCACCCCUGCAGCCCAGACCCCCUCCCUGCCUGCGGGACCUGCAUCCAGCACACAGCCCAUCCAGCUGAGCGACCUCCAGAGCAUCCUGGCCACCAUGAACGUGCCUGCCAUGCCCACUGAGGGAUCCGGAGUGGACUUGGCGAGUGUGCUGACCCCUGAUGUGAUGGCUCCUAUUCUGGCCAACCCUGAGGUUCAGCAAAGGCUGCUGCCGUACCUGCCUUCAGGAGAGUCUCUGCCUCAGAGUGCAGAGGAGAUCCAGAACACACUGACCUCACCACAGUUCCAGCAGGCGAUGAGUAUGUUCAGCAGUGCUCUGGCUUCGGGUCAGCUCGGGCCGCUCAUGAACCAGUUUGGUCUGCCUUCUGAAGCAGUGGACGCAGCUAAUAAAGGAGACGUGGAGGCGUUUGCUAAAGCCAUGGAGGGCAGCGACAGCAAAACAGACGACGGAGACUCCAAAGACAAGAAAGAUGACGAUGAGGACAUGAGCUUGGAUUAGAGACGCUCUCUGAACGCCAUAGUCUCUCUGAAGUGUUCUAGUCUGGGAUGUUUGCCUGUACUCAUUCACUGACCCAAGUAUGUGUUUUUGUAUGUGCAAAAGUACGCUAUUAAAACCCCGAGCUGUAACCGCA